UUUCUAUACUUGUUGAUGAGGCUCAAGAUAGAUCAAAAAGAGAGCAAAUGGCUAUUGUUCUUAGAUUUGUGGACAAGCAAGGCUAUAUUCGAGAGAGAUUUUUUGACAUUGUUCAUGUGCACGAAACCAAUUCCUUGACUUUGAAGAAGGAGAUAUGUGAUGUCCUUUCUCGCCAUAAUCUUACUGUGCAAAACAUUCGUGGCCAAGGAUAUGAUGGAGCUAGUAACAUGCGUGGAGAAUGGAAUGGACUGCAAGCAUUAUUUAUUCAGGAGUGCCCCUAUGCAUAUUAUAUUCACUGUUUUGCUCAUCGACUGCAAUUAACAUUGGUAGCAACAUCUCAAGAGCUACAACAGAGCGUGCAUUUUCUGCUAUGAAAAUCAUCAAGACUUGUUUGCGUUCUAGGAUGGAGGAAGACUUUCUUGCCAACUCUAUGAUAAUGUAUAUUGAGAAAGAAAUUGCUAGAACUUUUGAUGUAAAUUCAAUCAUUGAUGACUUUGAUAAAAUUAAAAGUCGUCGUGCA